AUGGUCUGUAUAUAUGUAUUUUUUCCAGAGCCAAGGAUGUUUGCGUUGCUUUAUGUUACAAGUUUUGCCAUCUAUACAAGUGGACAAUCUCUUCACAACCAGCUCAAAGGAGAAAAUUACUACGCGAGAUAUAUUUGUAGCAUUCCUGGCUUGCCGGGCCCUGCAGGUCCCCCCGGAGCUAAUGGAUCACCAGGGCCUCAUGGGCGUAUUGGUCUUCCAGGAAGAGAUGGUAGAGAUGGCAGGAAAGGAGAAAGGGGAGAAAAAGGGAAUGCAGGUUUAAGAGGCAAGAGUGGACCUUUAGGAACAACUGGAGAUAAAGGAGACCCAGGACAGUCUGGUAAAAAAGGACCUACAGGAUUGGUUGGUGCCAAAGGUGAAGUGGGUCCAGCUGGACCACCUGGACAUAAGGGAGAUAAAGGAGACCGAGGAGAACAAGGUGUACCAGGGAUCUGUAAGUGUGGAAGGAUAGUGCUGAAAUCUGCCUUUUCUGUUGGCAUCACUACGAGCUACCCAGAAGAAAGAUUACCAAUCGUAUUCAAUAAAGUCCUUUUCAGUGAGGGUGAGCAUUACAAUCCUUCCACAGGGAAGUUUAUAUGUGCCAUUCCAGGGAUCUAUUACUUCUCUUAUGAAAUCACCUUAGCAAAUAAGCAUCUUGCAAUUGGGCUGGUUCAUAAUGGGAAAUACCGAAUAAAGACAUUUGACGCUAACACAGGAAACCAUGACGUAGCUUCUGGAUCCACGGUGAUCUAUCUUCAGGCAGAAGAUGAAGUGUGGCUUGAGAUCUUCUACACUGACCAAAAUGGUCUCUUUGCAGAUCCCACUUGGUCAGACAGCUUGUUUUCUGGAUUUCUCUUAUAUGUUGAUACAGAUUAUCUCGAUGCCUUAUCUGAUGACGAUGAACUGUGA